UCAACACCAUGUACGUGGUGUUCAACGGGUUCAGCAAGCUGGGCGCCUACCUGUCGGCCGUCGGCUUGCUCACCCUGGCCACCUACAUCAGGAUCUUCAACGCGGCGCACCGCAUCAACGAGGCGCUCGGCACAAGGGCCGCGCUGACUCUCGCAGGAUCCUCGUUCCACCGUUUUCCGGCAGAGACGCUGCGCGAGCUCAUCAUAUUCCGCGACAUUCUCAUCGCGAAUCCGGUGCGAAUCAGUCUCUUCGGUUUUCUGCCCAUAAACAGAAAUGUUCUUGGAGCGCUUCUGGUGACAGCGACCACCUAUCUCGUCGUUCUGGUGCAGUACUCGGUCGGGUGACUCGAAGUGGAAACACAUGGCGGAGGCAGAC